AUGUUUAUGACCGCCACGUUUUUCUUUCCGCUCUCGCCGAGGCAAGCGGCGAAAGGCGCGCUGGCAGCGGCCGUUGCGCCCAGCCAGCACCUCUUUCGAGACUCCUGUUUCCUCCCGGUCAACAAAUGGAAGAAGGAGAUGCGAUCUGAGUCUCGGAAGCUCGACAGACAGAUCCUGAAGAUUCAGCGCGAGGAGGAGAAGAUCAAGCGGUCGGUCAAGGAGGCGGCGAAGCGGGGGGACACGGCGUCGUGCAAAACGUACGCGAAGGAGAUUGUGCGGUCGCGGAAGGCGGUCACCCGGCUACACACCAGCAAGGCGCAGAUGAAUUCGGUGGUGAUGCAGAUGCAGAACCAGAUGAGCCAGGCAAAG